AGCAAUCAUUGAAUUCGCAUGGUAUUUUAAUAUCUUUGUUAUUAUUGGUCGCAAUCGCAGUGAACGCAGUUUUUUAAAUCUGUCAAAAAGUAAUUUGCGGUUUAUGUUAUCAAUAUUGUUUGGUGUGGUUAUUAAUGUAAAGCUGCAGUAAUAACUUUGAAUUAAUGUUACACGGUGUUCUUUAAAUUUAUUCAAAAUGCCGAAGGAACAAUAUCGCGAAACUUAUAUUGGGCGAAAAAUUUCGCAUGUCACGUUCAAUGUGGACAGCCCGGCUGCUAUCCAGCAAGCUGCCCAUAUCCAGGUCAUCACCAAGAACCUGUAUGCUCAGGAUGGCCAGAGGGUACCGGCGACUAAUGGUGUACUGGACAGGAGAAUGGGUACAAAUCAGAAGGAUGCCAACUGUGACACAUGCGGGCUGGGCCUGGCAGAGUGUGUCGGACACUUUGGGUACAUACAGCUGGCCCUGCCCGUCUUCCACAUCGGAUACUUCCGAUCUAUCAUUACUAUUCUACAGACCAUUUGCAAGAAUUGUUCACGAGUAAUGCUACCGGCAAUUCUGAGAAGGGCUUACUUGCGUAAAUUCAUGAAUCCUGAACUGUCGUACUUGCAAAAAAAGAACCUUCGGACUGCAGUCCACAAGAAGGCGAAGGCUUGCACUAAAUGUCCUAACUGUGAGACUUUGAACGGCAUGGUAAAGAAGAGUCCGGCUGGCAUCCUCAAAAUUAUCCAUGACAAGUAUCGUACUAAGAAGCCUACCGAUGGUGUUGUCAAGCGAGUGCUGAAGGACUUCCAUGAAGCGAAGGAGUCUAACAAAGAGCUGACGACUAUGAUCAACAGCGGACUCGUUGUUGAGAUGAGUCCUGUGGAGGUAAUGGAAAUAUUCUGUCGCAUCCCGGACGAUGACAUUCCUCUGCUGGGUAUGAACCCGCACCUGACGCGGCCAGAGCACCUGAUCCUGACUCGCCUGCCCGUGCCACCGCUGUGUAUCCGACCAAGCGUUGUUUCUGAUAUCAAGGCUGGAACGAAUGAAGACGACCUAACAAUGAAACAGUCAGAGAUUCUCUUGAUAAACGACGUGAUAUCGCGACAUAUAGCUAGCGGGGGCAAGAGCGAGCUCGUGCAGGAGGACUGGGACUACCUUCAGCUACACGUCGCUCUUUACAUCAACAGUGAAAUGUCUGGCAUUCCGCUGUCUAUGCAGCCUAAAAAACCAGGUCGUGGUUUAGUACAGCGUUUGAAAGGCAAACAAGGUCGUUUCCGUGGCAACCUAUCAGGAAAGCGAGUGGACUUCUCAAGUCGUACUGUCAUUUCUCCUGAUCCUAAUCUUCAAAUUCAAGAGGUUGGAGUACCAGUACACGUGGCGAAGAUUUUAACAUACCCAGAGCGGGUGUUCCCUGCCAACCUGCUAUGGCUUCGGAAGCUGGUCUGCAACGGACCUGAUGUGCAUCCUGGAGCCAACUAUGUACAGCAAAAAGGGUUGAAGCAUAAGAAGUACCUUAAAUAUGGUAAUAGAGAGAAGAUUGCGCAGGAGUUGAAGUGUGGCGACGUGGUAGAGCGCCACCUGGUGGACGGUGACGUGGUACUGUUCAACCGCCAGCCCUCGCUACACAAGCUCUCCAUCAUGUGUCACCGCGCCAGGGUCCAGCCACAGAGGACCUUCAGGUUCAACGAGUGUGUGUGUACGCCAUAUAACGCGGAUUUCGAUGGAGACGAGAUGAACAUGCAUCUACCGCAGACUGAGGAGGCCAGGGCCGAGGCACUCAUACUUAUGGGGAAUAAAUCCAACUUGGUGACACCUCGUAACGGCGAGUUGCUGAUCGCUGCGACCCAAGACUUCAUCACCGGAGGGUACCUGAUGACCCAGAAGGAUAGUUUCUUCACGAAAGAUGAAGUUGGGCAACUGGCAGGGUGCCUCCUGGCCGGAACAGAUGCCAACAUGAGGAUCGACAUACCAACCCCUGCAAUACUCAAACCUAAGCAACUUUGGACUGGGAAACAGAUUUUUAGUCUGAUAAUGAAACCCAACAAGAAGUGCGAGGUGAAGGCUAACUUGGAGACGAAGGGCAAGAACUACACCGGGAACAAGGACAUGUGUGUGCAGGACUCGUACGUGAUAAUAAGGAACUCAGAGUUGCUGUGCGGGUCCAUGGACAAGAGCACCCUGGGCUCCGGCACCAAGAACAGUAUCUUCUACAUCAUGCUGCGGGACUGGGGGGAGGAGUAUGCUGUCAGGGGGAUGUGGAGGUUAGCGCGUAUGGCGUCCUUCUAUAUAAUGAAUAGAGGCUUCAGUUUUGGCAUCGUCGACGUCACGCCGGGGCGGAGACUCAUUGAUGCCAAGAACAAAUUGCUUGAGGCUGGGUACUCAAAGUGCGAUGGUUACAUCCUGGAGAUGGAGAAGGGCACGCUGCAGUGUCAGCCGGGCUGCACCAUGGAGGAGACCCUCGAGGCUGUCAUGCUCAGCGAGCUCAGCAGCAUCAGAGAGUUAGCAGCGAAGGCGUGUUUCCGCGAGCUACACCCCAGUAACGCGCCACUUGUCAUGGCACAGAGCGGCUCCAAAGGUUCGAACAUCAACAUAUCGCAGAUGAUCGCGUGCGUGGGUCAGCAGGCGCUGAACGGGAAGCGAGUGCCCAACGGAUUCGAAGACAGGUCGCUACCACAUUUUGAGAGGCAUUCCAAGAUUCCAGCGGCGCGUGGGUUCGUAGAGAACAGUUUCUACUCGGGCCUGACUCCGACGGAGUUCUUCUUCCACACGAUGGGGGGGCGCGAGGGUCUCGUCGACACUGCUGUCAAAACUGCCGAGACUGGGUACCUGCAGCGACGACUGGUCAAGUCAUUAGAAGACCUGGUCUUGCACUAUGACAUGACGGUCCGCAACGCGAUGGGCGAGGUGGUGGAGUUCCGGUACGGCAGCGACGGCCUGGACCCCAGCUACAUGGAGGGGAAGGAUCGACCCGUGGACCUCGCCAGGGUACUCGCUGAUGUACGCGCCAAGUAUCUGUCUAGGGACGAGGAUCCCCUGGACGGCGACGGCAUCGAGCUGGCCGCGGCGGAGACACUAGCGCUGGAUGACUUCAAAACAUGCACACAGGAGUUCAAAAACGAAUUGCUAACAUUCUUGAAGUCCAUAGCAGCGAAGGUCCGCAACCUCCGCGCGCGCUACGCCGGCUGCGGUCCGCUGGUGAAGCAGUUGGAGCGCCUGACGCUGACGCAACUCGUUCAGUUCCUGCGCGUCUGCCACCACAAGUACCAGCGCAGUGUCAUCGAACCUGGGACCGCCGUCGGUGCGCUCGCUGCGCAGAGCAUAGGAGAGCCAGGUACUCAGAUGACUUUGAAAACAUUCCACUUCGCUGGAGUAGCCUCCAUGAACAUCACGCAGGGAGUGCCCAGGGUCAAGGAGAUCAUCAACGCAUCCCGCAACAUCUCCACUCCCAUUAUCACCGCCGAGCUGAUGCAGCCAACAGACCAGGAGUUUGCCAGGAGAGUCAAGGGCAGGAUUGAGAAGACCACGCUUGGAGAGAUCACGACGUACAUAGACGAGAUGUACCUGGCCAACGAGUGCUUCCUGCUCGUCCGCCUGGACGCUGAGAGGAUCCGACUGCUCUGUCUAGAAGUCAACGUCGAGUCCAUCGUGUACUCAAUAUGCACAUCGAAGCUCAAAAUAAAGCCGGCGAACAUCCACAUAGUAUCAGACUGGGCUAUAAAGGUGUCAGCCGAGCCGAGCAAGCAGGGCGGCUGGCUGAACCUGUCGCUGCAGCAGUUGGCGCGCCAGCUGCCGGCAGUCGUCGUCAAAGGCCUGCCGCAGGUCGCCAGGGCUGUCAUCGCAUGCAAUGAUACGGAUACUGUGCCCACUUACAAGCUGUGCGUGGAAGGAGACGGACUGCGUGACGUCAUCGCCACGUACGGAGUCGAUGGCACCAAGACCACCUCCAACAAUAUACUCGAGGUAUUCCACACGCUAGGCAUAGAGGCUGCGAAGUCUACCAUCAUCAGUGAGAUCCAGGCCGUGAUGGAAGGCCACGGUAUGAGCGUGGACCGACGCCACGUGGAGCUCCUGGCCGGACAGAUGACUGCAAGGGGCGAAGUCUUGGGUAUCACCAGAUACGGCCUCGCCAGGAUGAAGGAAUCCGUACUUAACCUGGCUAGUUUUGAAAAAACAGCGGAUCACCUAUUCGACGCGGCUUACUACGGCCAGACAGAUUGUAUAGAGGGGGUCUCAGAGUCCAUCAUACUCGGGGUCCCAGCGGCCAUCGGGACCGGAGUCCUGCAGCUCCUGCACCAGCACCCGAGGGCAGAGCCCCCGCAACCCCGGGAACUACUCUUCGACAGACCAGAGCUCCACUCCUCGAUAUGGGAAUAACCCAUAAUCCCUGGCCGUAGACGCAGUUCUUCGACCAGAGUUCCCGUCAAGAAGUAAUUUAAAUUUGUACCUUCUUGAUUUGUGUAUAAGACUGGAAAUCAUUUGAUUGUUUGUUAAAUGUUAGUAUUUGAUUGGGUGCUUUGUUACUCAGCUCUUAUAGUUAGGAAGCGGAUUAGGAGAUUCUUAAAUACUUAUUUAGUGAUGGUAAUAAGUGUUUGAUCUUUAUAGAAAGCUUAUUAAUAACAGUAUACAAAACUCUACAAUACAUGAAAUAUUCAUUUUAAAUAUAUAUUUUCUUUUUACUCCGUCCUGUUUCCUUUUUCUAUCUCAAAAUCCGCCAUCUUACAAAAUUGCAUUUUUCUCAAACCCUAAGAUGACGUUACUGUCUCAUUAAAAUGUUCAAAUGAUUUAACUCAAAUAAUGACAUUGUAUAUAAAGUAUACUAUAUUAAUUUUAAGUUGUGCUGUAAUGUUAAUUAUUAUUAUUGUAACUUUAAACUUAACAGUGGAUAUAUUUGAUUAGUUUGCAAAGCUGGCAACACUGCCGAUAUUGCCAGCUCUAUUAUAUAAAUGUUAUUAUACUUUUUCUGUACUGUAUAUAUGUAUUAUAUAGUUGUUAUUGGAAAAAGUAUAU